AUGUCGAUGCCAUCACCUGGGCUGCAAGCUCUCAUCCUUUGCGGCCCAGGAUCAUCAUUCCCUACCUUCACAUCAAAUCCAGAUGAGAAUCCCAAGGCUCUCCUACCAGUUGCCAAUCGUCCAAUGGUAUGGUAUCCCAUUGACUUUUGUCACCGAAUGGGCAUCACAAAUAUCACCCUGAUAUGCCCACCGUCGGCAUCCAAAGCCAUGAACUCGGCAUUCAGCAUAAAUCCCUAUCUCACUGCCCUUCCUCUUCCUCGCCCGGACAUUCUCGCCCCCACAGACCUGGAUUACAACACUGGAACCGCAGAAAUUCUUCGCCUCCCCGAGGUUCGCAACCUCGUAAAGUCAGACUUCGUCGUCCUACCGUGCGAUCUCGUCUGCGAGCUGGCCGGAGACAAGCUUCUCCAAGCCUGGAUGGUCAAGUCUGCAAGCCUCACUGAUUUACUAGGGGAUGGACGCUGCACCAAGGGUCACCAGAGCCAUCACAGCGGGGGCCUAGGAGUUUGGUACGACACCAAAUCGGGAGCGGUGGUGAAAGGUGAGGAAACCGACUUCAUUGCCACAUCACCGCUUCCUUCUUCGCAGUCAAGCUCGCAAAAGGGACCUAUCUUCUCCAAUCUCUCAAAACUGGUUUACUCGAUGCCUACGGACUCACUCAACGACAUCAUGGAGGAGAAGAAGUCAUUGCCUAUUCGGCAUGGACUGCUGAGAGCGCACCCUCGAGUCCGCAUGUUUACGACACAUCGGGAUGCACACAUUUACGUCUUCCCACGUUGGAUUCUGGACUUUAUCAAGGAGAACGAGCGCUUGGAAACUCUGGGCGAGGAUGUAGUCGGCUGGUGGGCUAAGGCUGGAUGGCAAUCUGGGCUUGCAGACAAGCUACAAAUCACCUCACUUUGCCAGAGUAGCAACGCCGCCGAUGAUGACUCGACUUCAGAGAGCGCUGCCGUUCCACCAACCAGCUCCGAAACAACAGGAAUGCAAUCAUCAUCAGGGCAAAGGGAAACGCAACCGACCAACCGGGACAGCUCCAAGAGCGCGCAGGCAAACAAGGACGUGCCCGCGGUCCUCGCGUACAUUCACCCAACCGAAGGACAAGAAAAGCCAGCUACCAUCCGCCGUGUCGACACCGCACCGCUCCUUCUCGCCGUAUCCUUGCAACUAGCCAAGCUCGAGUCCAUUGAUGAGAUUGGCCCCGAGGCAGCAUCGCCAUUUGCGCAUCCCCGAAAAGUAGCAUACCCGGAAGGUGUGAAGCCCCGAACCACCAUCACCAAACAGGACAGCCUCAUCGCCGAAAACGUCACAGUAGAAGAAAAGACAGCAAUCAAAGAAUCCGUCGUAGGAGCAAACUGCCAGAUCAAGGAGGGAGCCAAACUGUCUCAGUGUUUGUUGAUGGACGGCGUUGUCAUCGGCAAAGGGUGCAAGCUGACAAAGUGCAUCUUGGGAAAGAGAUGUGUCAUUGGAGACUAUUCUGUACUUACUGACUGUGAAGUACAGGAGAACUUGAUGGUAGAGGCACGAACCGAGGACAAGGACAACAAACUCAUGAGCUCAGAAGGUCUGGAGGCGACGGAAGCUGAGAUGGACGAAGUUCUACAGGAUGUAGAUCGUGAAGUUGCAGCCGUUACAGACGAAGCCGUAGAGGACUAG